AUGGCGACGGUGGACCCGACCUGCAUGGUUGUGAAAGCGCUCGUCCUCCUCGACUCGGACGGAAAGAGGAUCGUCGUGAAAUACUAUACUCCAGAAUGGUCAACUGUCGCCCAGCAGGCGGCGUUUGAAAAAUCUCUCUUCAACAAAACCUGCAAGACGAAUUCGAGGGGGGAAGCCGAGGUCAUUCUGUUCGACGACCUCGUUGUGGUGUACAAGACGCUGGGCGACCUGACUUUUUACGUCACAGGCUCGCAAUCUGAAAACGAGCUCGUCCUGCACGGCGUGCUGCAAGCCUUUUACGAGUCUGUCUCUUUACUGCUGAGGGGGGCUGUGGAGAAGAAGACUGCACUUGAAAAUCUAGAUCAAGUGUUGCUUGUGAUGGAUGACAUUGUGGACAACGGGGAGGAAGCCUGCAGGGCACAUAGCAUCAAUGCCAUUGAAGCAUUGUGCUGA